GGAGAAGGGAGCUAUGCCAGUGACAACUGAACUUUUAUCAACACAGCUUCAGAUUUUCCAGAAGCCUCCCAGCAGACUUCCCCACAAAUCCCAUUAAUCAGAACUGUCGCCCUAGUUGCAAAGGAAACCAGGAGGCAAGUACUUAAUUUCCCUAUCCUCUAAAUUUGAUGCAGUAUUGGUUGAUGGCGUAAGCCCGCCUACAGUAUCUGUAAUAUUCUCCCCCAAACCUGCUCCACCUCCUAUACUCCCCAUCUUACCCAGGUAAGGAGCCCCAGGAGUCAUCCUUAGCUCUCUUUCUCUUCUGCUCCUCAUAUCUACUGUCUUGUUGUUUUCUCAGUCUUUGAAUCUCUCUCACAUCGGAGCCUCCGUCCCACACCUGCUGCCACUGUCUUGGUUCAGGUUCUCAUUUCUUCCCUGAACUGCUCUAACUAAGUCUCUUAGUCUUAAGUCUUAACUUCAAACCAUCCUCCAUGUGGCCCCAGGUUGACCAUUCUAAAAAUAGAUAUCUAACCAUCAUAUCCCCUGCCUGGAUCUUGUCUGUGGCUUUGCAUAACACCUAGUUUAAAGGCUGACUUCCUUAGUAUGUCAUGUAAUGUAGUCCCCCAGUUUCCUUAAUAAUAUACUCUUGAAAAUGCUUUGUUAGAGUGCUCCAGUCCUGUCAAGGAUCAGCUCCCCUAAGACACAACUUCCUAGAGGGAGGAGCUGGGGAAGUCCAUACUCAAAAUCCAAACCUGUUGUGCUAGGCAGGCAGCCAUCUGUCUUUAAUACAUUUGUGCUAAAACUGUAAUAUGAAAGAACAAUAGAUUUACAUGUUAUGAUAGGGAUUCUGUUUCCAGAGACUAUAGAAUAUAUCAUCUCUAAAUGCAUUUUGUCUUGGAGACAUAAAAUUCAACAAUAUAUUUAAAGUAUAAUAUCAUUGUUGUUCAUUCGGUUCAGAAAUUUAUUGACUGCCCACUAUGUAUCCGACACUAUGCUUUAGUUUUUUUCCUUUAUAAUAGAACAGAGAUGACAGAUCUAGAACAGUGUUCGACUGAAGCUAUCUGCCUCUUUCUGCAUACUUAAUGACUUCCAUCUUUUUCUCUAUUGCACUAUUUAAGACUUAUUCUUAUCACCAGAAUCAGCACUUUCAUUUUUCUGUCUUCUACUCAUUUUCAUAAAUAAAAUUCAUUAGAUAUUCAAACAAAUGUCUAAAAGCACAGAUGGAGGCAAAGAUGGCAAAGUGGUAGAAACUGGUUGAUUGAUAGAGUGCAAUGUGAUAAUAGCUAAGCUUUAUAGAGUACUUAUUCUGUGCCAGGCACGGUUCUAGGCACGCUACAAAUAGUAACUCCGUAAUCUUCACAACUCUGUGAAGUAGGUACUAUGAUCUCCAUGUUGCAGAUGAGGAAACUGAGGCCCAAGGGUAGUUUUGCACCUCUGUCAGCUGAAAGCUAUGCCCAACACCCCCCAGCCUCACCUCCUGUCUGCUUCACUUGAGCUAACUACAUUUCUCCUAGUUCCAGGGGGUGGUCUUUGCUCUCUCCGGCCCUGUGCUUUUGCACAUGCUGUCCCUUCUGUCUGGACUGCCUGUGGUCUGUGCUCAUUCUCCGAGACCAGGUGAGGCCCACUCUCCUCAGAAAAGUCUUCUCUGUCUAAUGAGGUGAAGUCAGGCUGCACCUUGCCCAGCCUCCUCACCCUGCUAUAUUUAUGUGCUUACAGCUCAGAGAUGAUGCUACCAGACCUGGCUCUCUCCUCAUUCUUGAAUCCCUGGGGCUUGCUACUAUGCCUGGCUUAUAAUAAGCACUUAAAGGUUUGCUGAAUCGAUGCAUAAGAUCCCUGGAUUUUACACUUUCUCGUCGCCCCCACGCCGUCUGGCACCACAUAUUGCAGACACUUAGUCAAUGGGAGCCGGAGCCUGGUUUCCCAGCCAGCAGCCUAACUUAAUAAAACAGAGCAAAACAAAACCCGCCCCCUUUUCUCCCAUCUCCACAUCACAGUAGUCCCCGAGGAUUUGAAUUCCUUUCCAAGCCCUCCCAUCAGUCGAAUCCAGCGGGACCCGAGGGGUCUGACUGACUCCCCUCCGCUGGCUGGGCGGAGCAGGGUGGGGAGCUGCCGUCAGGGCGCAGGGCAGCCGCAUCCCGCGCCUUCUGCCACUUCUAGCCUAUUAAGUUGGCAGGGUCGGCUGUCAUUGGUUUUGGACUAUGGUUUCGGUUUGGAGGCACCAUGAAGGAUUUCUCAUCGGAAGACAAGUCCCCAGAGUAUUUCUACAUGGGGCUGUAUGUGCUGGUUGGAGCAGGGGCCCUGAUGAUGGCCGUGGGCUUCUUCGGGUGCUGCGGAGCCAUGCGGGAGUCGCAGUGUGUGCUCGGAUCUUUCUUCACCUGCCUACUGGUGAUAUUUGCUGCUGAAGUAACCACUGGAGUAUUUGCUUUUAUAGGCAAGGAUGUAGCCAUACGGCAUGUUCAGACCAUGUAUGAAGAGGCCUAUAAUGAUUACCUGAGAGACAGGGAAAGGGGGAACGGGACUCUCAUUACCUUCCACUCAACAUUUCAGUGCUGUGGCAAAGAAAGCUCUGAACAGGUCCAACCCACAUGCCCAAAGGAGCUUCUGGGGCCCAAGAAUUGCAUUGAUGAAAUUGAGGCCAUAAUCAGUGUUAAGCUCCAGCUCAUCGGAAUUGUUGGUAUUGGGAUUGCAGGUCUCACGAUCUUUGGCAUGAUAUUCAGCAUGGUUCUUUGCUGUGCAAUACGAACCUCACGAGAUAUGAUAUGAAGCUACUUCUACAUGAAAAUUGCAAUCUAGAGCCUUCAUACGGCUGUCACCAGAACUGUCUCCUGGCUCAUUUUUAAUAUUCAAAGGACAUUAGGAUCUAAAAUAAUAUGCUGUUAAUUGUA